AUGCUCCGCAGAAUCCACAUUAUUCUUGUGUUAUUACACGCCGUAACCAAAGGCGACUGUCCACCGGACUACACGCAGUUGUCGGCGAACCUGUGUACGAUUCAACUCAAUGAAACGAACCGGUUCUGCGAAGCAUGCACCUUUUGUUCCAACUAUGGUGAACAACGUAAUCAACUUGUGUUCCUCCACGGAAGGAAUGUGAAUUUAGCCAAGGUGAAUCUACAACCUAACUCUAGAGUUUGGAGCGAAAUGCAUGGAUUGUUGGGAAUACCGGAGUCCGAAUCAGUCGUUGAAUGGCGAGAUUUCGAUCCUAGAACGCCAGAAUUCACGUCAGGACCCGACAUAUUCAAGUGGGGAGCCACUCGGCCCGACGGCAAUGAACCUCAUCUGAUUUAUCAUAAGGAAGAUGAUGCAAUCUACGACGUUCUUCCCGGCCCAGUUAUUCUCAAGCUAGAAGUCCACUGUGAGUAUGGGGGUGAACUGCUCAAGGAUAAUUUGAAUGUUCGGUUCAGAGCCGAUUUUCCGGAGAGAUUCCAUAACAUUGUUCAGCCACACCCCAAAUUCCGUGGUUGCCCGUUGACGCUGAAGGCUGCUACGAAGAUCGAAUGUGCACGCAAGUGA